AAUCUCGUCAUGCAACUGUCUCUGAAUUCAACAAGAAUGGUCAAAACGAACAACUAUGCUGGACCAUCGCAAUAUCUACCUUAUAUAGACAGACAUUCACCUGAUGGGAUCUUUGUUGUCACGGCAACCGAUACAAUGGAAGAUAUAAUAUCGCAGGGUCAAGUGGGUAGUUCGAACCUUCCAUGGGUACUGAUGUCUGGUGACACACAGCUGGUAAAUGGUAAUCAAUACAAUAACAGUUUCGUUGUCUUACUGAGAAACCAAUUUAAAGGUUUAAUAUCUGAUCAAGGAACCUAUAAAUCCAACCAUUCCAGGGAAUUGAAUUCAGAAAUAUAUUUAUCCGAUGCCAUAAAAGCCAUGGUGGAAAUAUUUUCAGAUGUUGUGCUUUCAAAAAGCGUAACAGCGUUAGAACCGAUGGAUUGCCGACAAAAAAGUACACCAAGUAAUAGGACUCACGCUAUGGAGGUUUUUAAGACAUUUCAACAAAACCAUGUUAUGAAUUAUUCUGAAUACCAGAUAUGCAGCACUGAAAACAGUUUGACAGAUUCAUGGAAGUAUAUGGGUAAUUGGUCAAAGGACAAUGGAAUGUCGCUGGUGACAAGUAAAUUGUUUGGAAAUGAAUUCAUCGACUUCAACAAUGCAACGCUAAAAGUAGCAGCACUUCCGCUUGAUCCUUUUGUAUUCUUCAACAUUGACGAUAACAACCAGACAACAUAUAGCGGUUUCUGUAUCGACAUCCUGGACCAGCUCGCAUUGAAAUUUAACUUCAAUUAUGAGAUUGUGUCCCCUGCCGACAAUGCCUACGGAAGUCUUGAGGAUGAUGGAACUUGGAAUGGAAUGGUUGGUAUGGUCAUGAGUAAUGAAGCAGAUUUUGCGGCAGGUCCUUUCACAAUAACAUCCGCCAGAGAAUCUGUAAUUGAUUUUACAACGACAUAUAUGGAGGAAGGUAUUGGAAUUCUGACAAUGAGACCAAAGGAAGAAGAAAAUAAGGAGUACAAAAUGUUCAAACCAUUGUCUGUAACAGUCUGGGUAAUGAUUGGUGUUACUAUAGUUAUUGUCGGUGUGUUGGUGUAUGUGAACAACAGAUACAGCCCAGUUAUCACAGUUACCAAGCCAGAAGACAAUGAACCUCCACAGAAUCCACCAAAGCUAAGCUCUUCUAUGUGGAACGUUUAUGGAUAUUUUGUAGAGCAAGGAGGAGAUGAACGACCACGAUCUUUAUCUGGUCGUCUGAUAUUAAGUGUCUGGUGGAUGUUCACUAUUUUGAUGUUAGCGACAUACACAGCCAAUCUUGCUGCCUAUUUGACUGUGACAAUUAUCGAAUCACCUAUAAAUAGUCUCGAGGAAUUGGCGAAUCAUGCAGACAUUCGACCUUUAAUAUUUUCAGGAUCAAAUCUACAUACUUUGUUUAAGACUGCUAAAUCGUCGGUAUAUGGACAGAUCUGGAGUAAAAUGUCUGGUAUGCCAAUAGUUAAAGACAUAGAUACAACACUGAGCUAUGUGCGAACCAAUGGGUAUGCCUUCAUGUCGGACUUCUCACUUCUGGAAUACAUCAUGUUACAAGACUGUCAGACGUACGCCAUGGCGGAUGAAAAGUUCAACAAUGCAGGGUUUGGCUUUGUUCUCGAAGAAAAUUCACCAUAUUUAAAUGCAUUUAAUCUUGCGUAA